CGCAUAAUCCGUGUUCGUUUUUUCGUGGUUUUCGGUACAUUUUAAUAUUAUUCGCUAUAAUAUACUCGAAUUUUAUUUCCGCAAAACAAAAUGUUUUUGUAUCAUUUUAAUGAAAUUAAACAAAAGCCAAGUGCAUCCCAUCAACAAUAAUGAUAAGAGAAAAUUUGAUUGUGUCUCGAAAGUGUAAAAGUGUUAGUGUGUAGUGGGGCUCCAAAUGCAGCAAUAGCGGCAGCAGCAGCAUAAAAAAGCAAUUGUUUUAUAUUUUUGCAAAUGUACUUUGUUUUGGUUUUUUCAACAACAACAAUUGAAAAUCUCAAUUAAAUAGAUACCAAAUUUUAAAAUAGGGCCAGAAAUGUGCAAUCUUUGUGAAUAUGAAAAUGAAAAAAAUUUAAAAUACAUAGUAGCUUGUAAAUACUAAUGUCGUCGUGGAGUAUUUAUUGAUUGAAGUUAAUGCCAGCAAACAAAAUAUACACAACAUUUCAUUGACAAAGAAAACCAAAGCACUUAACCAAAAGCUAAAUUGUAAAAAUAAUAGUAAAGUGAAAAAACAAAUGUUUUCCUUCUCUCGGCAGUAAUGUAUUUGAUGCUAAAAUAUAAACCUAAAAGCAUCCUUCAAAAAUUUAAAUGCCCCUCCUUUUUCAGGGGCUAGUGGGAGCUCCAUCUGCAACAUAAAAAACCUAUUACAUACAAAUCAAAGGCCAUAAAAGAAAACUGUUUUGCUGCCUAAUAAAGUGUUGGAGGUGGUGUAGUGUAUCCGCAAUUUGGAGAGCAACGAGUGAGAGAGUGCAUGUGUAUGGCUCCAACAAUGGUGCCAAAGUGAGAAUAAAGAAAUAUUUACAUACAGUUGUCAAAUCUAGCUUAUUGACAAAUUGCAGACAAUUAAUAAAGAAAAUUGAAGUGAAUUUGUGAAUUAAAAAUAAUUUUGUGAAUUUAAAGAAGAAAAUUUUUAAUGGAUUAACUAUAUCACUACUUUUGCCAGGACUUGGUUAUCUAUUCUAUGUCAAAGGUCAUUGGAUAUUUACAACUUGACAAUGUUGUGAUUUUAUCAAAGCUGAAGAAAUAUUUUCUUAAAUAUACAUCCAAGCACCAUGUACUAAGAAAUACAAUUCAUGGUAUUUGUUGUAAUUGAAAUUGUCGGUUUCUUUUAAACUAAUCACCAAAAUACCAUCACGUUUACAAUUUAUGUCAUAAUGGGACGGACGAGCACCACAGCUACAUAAAGUUAAUAAAAUGUAUGAUUAGAAGCCAUAUCUUCAACCAAAACCUUAGGACUUGACUGACAGACAGACAGACGACUCGAACCUACUUACUAGACAAAACACAUAAACAAGACUUUUUACUUCCAACUCAUUACAACGAAAGUUUGCUGCCAACUCUUUUUCACCCUUGAUAAACUACGCAAAAAAAAUCUUCUAUGAUUUUCAAGCUGUGGUAAAUGCCAAUUUCCAGUAUCCCCGCCUUCCACCUAAUUUUUGGGACCAACUGAAGUGUCAUAUACUCAUCAGAAAUACUCUUGGUUUCAAUCAUGGCUGACAAAUUGCGUUCCACAAAUAUGUCCUCUUCCUUGGGGCCAGGCGGUGGUGGUUUGUCCACCCUAAUUGGUAACCCUACUCUAAUCUCAAGCACUUUGAGCACCAAUCAUCAGCUGACACCCACAGUCGAUUUAAUGGCUGCUUCGGUACGUGAAUCUGCAUCGCCUACAGCCUUAAAUAGUCACCAAAACAGUGACAUGGAAUCCUCGAGUGAAUUUGCUCCAGGCACCAUUACGGCUCAAUUAAAUUUCCAAUUAUUGCCAAAUGUGGUUGAUACAAGUGGUGGUAGUGGCAUUGGAGCUGUAGGUGGUCAACCGGCCAUAUUUGAUUAUAAUUCAAUUAUGAACUCAUCACAGAUAUCUGCCAUUUCGCAUGACUCCCUGCAUCAGUCUCAACCCCAACAAACAUCUUCAAACAUGAACACAAAUAAUUGCAUGGCUUUGGUUAAAGCUGGAGCUGGAAAACCGGUGGUGGCACAAAGUGUUGCUGGGAAAACUUGCCGCUUUCCCAAAUUGGAAGAUUGUGCCCAUUUCCACUAUGAGCGUGUUCAAUUGGGCCCACUCUCUGUACGCUUGGUCGACGAUAAGUCAGAGCUCUUAAACAGCAGCAUUGCAUCACAAUCGAUUGGUGGUGAUAUAGCUGGCAGCACCUCUAUCACAUCACAGGGGCCCCCAUCGCUGCGUACCUUUUCCCCAUCCUCUUGCUGGUUCAUCAUCAAAGUGUUUCCCCAUCGUUCAGAUUCAUUCCUGGUGAAGCGAUCUUUCGAUAAUAUGCAAAUGUUGGAUGAAAUGUUGCAUCGUUGUGUCUAUGAUCGUAAAAUAAGUGGUCUCAAACAUCUCUCAGAGGUGGAUUUUAAAAACGAAGAGGAAGUUGAAUACGCAGUUGCCAAAUAUUUGGAAAGAUUUUCCAAAAUAGCCUCAGAUUCUUUGACUUGUGGCACCAUAUUGACUUGGUUGCAAUUGGAUAAUAAGGGCAGACGUUUGCCCUUGGCCGAUGAUGAUACUAUGAGAACGAUAAACACACCUGCAGUGGGUGCUGCAUAUGGCGUAAGACGCUAUUUGGCUCAGGCUUCUGAUGAAAUAUCCAUAGAAGUGGGAGAUAUGAUCUCUGUUAUAGAUAUGCCCUCGCCGGCCGAGUCCAUAUGGUGGAGAGGUAAAAAAUCGCAUUUACAAAAGUCCCACUAUGAAGUGGGCUUCUUUCCGCAAUCGUGUGUAGCCACCAUAGGUGACAAAAUACCCAGACAUUUUCCCAUGCCCGCCCCUUUGGUGGGACAAGUGGAGGUAUCGCCCACAAAGCCAGUGUUACGCAAACAUGGCAAGCUCAUAGCCUUUUUCCGUUCAUUUAUUCUGUCACGACCCUCGCGUAGACGGCUUAAGCAAAGCGGCAUUUAUCGGGAGCGUGUAUUCUCAUGUGAUCUUUCGGAACAUUUACUCAAUAGUGGUCAAGAAAUACCCAUGGUAUUGAAAUGUUGUGCUGAAUAUAUUGAAGAAUAUGGCAUUGUGGAUGGCAUAUAUCGUCUAUCGGGCAUAACAUCGAAUAUACAAAAGUUGCGCAGAGCUUUCGAUGAGGAACGCAUACCGGAUUUGGGUAAUCCAGAAAUGAAACAGGAUAUACAUGCGGUUAGUUCUUUACUGAAAAUGUAUUUUCGUGAAUUGCCCAACCCCCUGUGCACAUACCAGUUAUAUGAUAAUUUCGUCGAGGCCAUACAAGCGAAGAGUGAGAGCAACGACAGGUUGAGGUUGAUGAAGGAGACGGUAUUGAAACUGCCUCCGCCACAUUAUAGAACCUUAAAAUAUCUCUCCGAGCAUUUAAAUAAAAUCUCUCAACAUGCCGAACGCACUGGAAUGACUGACAAAAAUCUAGCCAUAGUCUGGGCUCCCAAUUUAUUGCGUUCCCCAGCCUUGGAAUCUGGGGGUGUAGCCGCCUUGCGUGGUGUAGGUGUCCAAGCUGUAGUCACUGAAUAUUUAAUACGUAACUGCCAUUUAAUUUUUGAUGCUCUCGAAGAGGCUGCCAUACGGCUUAGUUAUAUUGGCACUCAGGCAGCCGCUCCCGCUGCAACUGCCGCACCAACAAUCGAUAAUCGUAUGGACUCCUUAACCGAUUGUGAGAGUUUAUUGGUGGAACAACGUGAACACGAUCAAAGCAUAUCGUGUAUAGAAAGGCCGAAAAGUCUAAGUGCCGGUGGUCCAAAACUGAUAAGUUUGGAAGAGGCUCAAGAGCGUCAUCAUGGUUUCGAUAUGAAACAAUCCAUGCCCAUUAACAUGAUAUCCAGUGUGAAUUCGGGUCAAAAUAUAGGCUCUUACAUUGAGGUGGGUGGUGGGCCCUCCAGCUUGCCGGACAAAUAUCACACCGUGUUGUCGGCCCCAAGAAGUUGGCAAAAACGUAAAACGCAUUCCUGGAAAUCUCUAUUCUCACGCAAUCAAAGACCCGUUAGCAAUGGAGCUGCUCAUGAUCUAAAGUCCUCCAUAGUGGUAGCUUCACGCACUGACAAUGACUCCAAUUCACCGCCUCCCAGGCACAAAGACGCUCCACAAGUAACAUUUGCCGAUGCUGAUUCGAUUAUUGGUGUCAAUGGUAAACCCUCAAAGAGUGCUCUAAUGAAGCGUGAGGAAAAACAUAAAUCCAUUGAAUUGUUUGAUACUUCACGCUCCUAUUGUGGUGAGCCAAGCAAGCCAAUUGAGGUGUGUGUACGCUCCAAUUCCAUUGAUAGUUUGCGCACAGCGGGCCAUUCACGUUCGGUGUCGCAUGAUUCAUACUUUGAUUUGUUGCAAUCACCGCAAAGAGGUCACAUGACAACAUGUCCCUCGAGAGAACUUUCCGAAUUGGGCCUGAAUUUUGAUCGUGAAGAGCCGGAGAUGCGCAUAUUCUCUGAAAGUGAGUCUUUGGUUAGUUCACCACGUGUGGGCAAAGAAAAUAUUCCUCCCUCCUCGGGUUCAACAUCGCGGCGUAUCAUGCGUGCUCGUCCCGAGGAAUUUUCCAGUCAGACAAAUAGUGUAAAUCCCAGCCCCAAGAAGCAACCACGUCUCAAUCUAUUGUUGUCCCCCAGCACGGCAACAUCCACAGCUAGUCCCAGUAAUUGGUCUCAACAAUCUGCCAGUGGCAAUAACACUGGCCUAGGUGGUGAAUGCCAUAGUGAUGCAUGCCAUGAACACAACAGCGAUGAGAGCUGUUGCAAACGUUACAAACUGGAAGAUCAACUCUCCGAUAUACAAUUCAUAGACUGUGGCACGCCCGAGCAUACUGUAGCCAAUACACAGACAUUGUAUGCCAGUGUACAAGUGCAUGCCCCUCCAAAACCUUCCCUUUCAAAAUCAUCGCUAUACGGUUCUGCCGAAAUUCCUUCACCCACCAAACAAAGACAACAACUGCCAAUUGACACUCAGAAAAAGUCAACGAAUUCUUCGUCAUCUAACUCCAAUAGCAGCAACUCGAAAACCACAAAUACUCGCUACAGUUAUCCUUCGGUACAACUUGGCUCCAAACGGAAAGACCAAGAUGUGGGCAAUGCCAAUAGUAAUACCAAGGAAAGAUUUAGUUAUCCCGGCACGGGCAUACACAACGAUAGACGUUUGUCUUCAAAUGAGACCUUUGCCAAAAUGUUAAUUGAGGAGGUAGAAGCGGCGACCGCUGCCCAUAAAAAGGAAGAAGAAACUCAACAAACUAAAACCAGAACUGUUUCCUUUAGUGCCAAUCAGUCUUCCAAUAAUUCCACUAACUCUUCGCCAAAACCCUUGGGAGGACAUCAUUUGAGGGCCCAGCCUUCACAUGAUUUGCUUAAAGUCAAGAAUCGCAAUAGUUAUUGCGUUAGCAAUGAGUCAUUGCAACAACAACUGCUGCGCAGUUAUUCCGGCGAUAUAACCAAAGACCAAAGAGCAGAUAAUGCCACGCACAAAUCCCUGGUGAUGGGCAUCAAUGAAAUGGAACAGUCCAAACUGUCGGUUACACCCUCAUCGCCGAUUCAAAGUCCCCGUUAUUCAUUAUUGGUGGGUGAUACCAGUUCGGAAAAUAGCUCUGCUGUGAAUACGCCACAACAUGAUUUGGAUCCCCUAAUGGUGUCAUCGGCCAUGUCAGGUAUAUCGGGUAUAUCAGGAGCCUCCUCAAAUCAAAUGCAUCAAAUGUUGUUGGGUGUUGAGGCCAGCAGUUAUUUGGGUACAUCGGCCGAGAGCAUAGGAUCCAAUAUGAUGGAAAAACGUGAUAUGCAAGCCUUGAAACGGGAAUUGUCCUUGGAUUUGAAUCCCGUGGGAGGCUCUAAGCUCUCUGCUGAGGCUGCUGGUCAACGAAACCACAACCUUAUCUCUCCCAAUUCCAAUUUCACCGAUAACACCAGUCAAUCGGUGACGCCCAGUGAAUAUGGCUAUCAAAAUUUGCAACGUCAACUCAGCAUGCACUCGCUCAUCGAGACAGAUGAAAAUUCCCCUGCCUAUGAGGAAUAUGAAAAUACUCCCAGCAAUCUUAACUCGCCCAUGAAAUCUUUAGCUAGUCCAAUUAAAUCUACCAUUAGCAUUACUUAUAACCUAAAAAGUCCUACCAAGGAGGAAAAAGCCAAACAGCAACCCGCCUCCUUUUUAAGGCGCAAAGAAGACCAAAAGAAAACCAAACCCUUGGAGACCUCCUUUGAUGAGAGUACCGUAUACGAGCAAGUGAAAUUCUUUCGCAAUUCUGUUACAGAAGUCAAUCAAAUGUUGAACGAUGAGCGUAAAUAUCCCCAAAAAGAAUUGGAGAAUCUGGCCGAAGUCGAGGAGCUGAGUGAAAGCGAAAAAGACUCAGACAAAGAGACACCCAUAGAGAAUUACGAAGACAUGCAAAUGUCCGACGAGGAGAAACUUUUGUAUGAAAAUGUUGAAUUACGAAAACCGAAGAGUGUUUAUCAAAAUCUCAUGGGCGAAGAGAUGAAGGCUUUGCUCAAAGAGGAGUCCAGCAAUGCCGAUAGUUAUGAAGAUCCCGAAGUGGAACUGGACAGUUUGGAUAGUAUUAAGGAUCAGGAAACAGAAACCAUAGUGAUUGCUGCCAGCACCACAGCCAGAAGAUCUCCAUCGAAUUUCAGUGUCAAAGAAUUGGCUACCAAAUUUGAGGUAUCACCCAUAGAACAAAUGCCUGCAUUUGACUUUUCCGUCAACAGAAGUUCUAUGAAGAAGACAUCGAACUCCUCGUCCACCCAUCCUGAACGUUCUUCGAAGGUAAAUAAUAAGCCACAAUCGCCAAGUUGCCAGCAGAAAUUGACCAAAACGCAACAGAUAACCAGAUCAUUAGAUGAAAAUGCCUUCAUACGAGAAUUUGGCAAUAAGAAUCUCCAGGAAUUGAAUCUAAAAAGUUCACAACAGCUGCCACAGCUCAACGAGGCGGGCAAUAGAAGAAAAAGCUUCGAUUUUACUCGACCCAAAACCUUGAAUCCUCCUAAAAGACUACCCGGCAUGGCCAUAACAGAGGAGUACUGCUCGACGAAAUCCAAUGACAAGUCUUCUCUCAAGAUUGAUUUGCCAAAAGAGAAAAAUUUCAAUAAUCUCAUCCACACAGAUUCCUCACUAGAACAUGACUAUGAAAGAUCCGAAUUGAAGAUAACCCCAACCACAGAGAAUCGAAUUUCCUUGAUACAAAACAAUGUCCAUCCGGAAAAUACUGCCGAUCUUAAUAAUUCCAAUGUUUCUACAAACUCAACAACACCAUCGUCCACCAACAUACCCAAAGUUUUGUCAGGUGUCAAGCUGGAUAGGGAGAGAAUUGAUCGCAUUAAAGAGGAAAGGCGACAGCAGCUGACACAAAAAUACCAUGCUGAUUCAUUUAAGUCAAAAUCCAAAACAGAUUUAAAUAUUUCCAAAAAUGACGAUGAGAAAUUCUCCACUGACAACACCUCGCUGAGAGUUAAAUCCAAGUCCAGAGCUGACAUGCGUACUCUACAAAAGGAUAUGGAUAAUCUUAAGGAAUUUGGACGCAAUCCCCCCUCUUCGGCUGUGUCGGAGACCACGCUUAAUACCCAACAUCGAGUUCGUAGUAUAUCCGAUGAGAAAAAUCAAAACAACUAUGAGCAGACAAAUACAAACAAUGGUGAUAUGAUGAAAGAUUCCUUUACCAAACGUUCCCAACAUUCUCUCAACAAGGUUCAUACAACGAAAGCCUCUAACGUGGGUGGUAACGAUCAGGAAGAAUUUUCGGCUAGGGCUACAGUGCAGAAAUUCGAACGUAAAAGCAUGGAUUUUGCAAAUGGCAUGACAACACCAGCCGCAGUGACAACGACAACGGGAAACCGAGAGCGUACCACGAAGCCAGCUCAUGAGUUGGGCUCAUCGGGAUUGUCGCCAGCGGCUAGGAAUAGUAUAUCUUCCAACCGCGAAAAGAUUUCUCCACAAUUCUCCAUACGCGAUGUAACGGCUAUGUUUGAAUCUCGAUCACAAAAUCAGCAAUAAUGAAAAGAUUCGUACAUAUGUAAGCCUACACAACAACAGUGAGAAGGAAAAUUAGUUAAAAUAAAAAAAAAUAAACUUCAUACCGCCUGGACGUCACACAAUAAUAAAUAUUAAUAGUAGAUAUUUAUAAUAAAAAAAAAAUA